CUUGAAAAUGUGUAAAAAUUGAAAUUUUUUCAAAAUUAAACCACUUUGUCAUGUAAAACAGGAACGUAAAAGAUAAUGUCUCUACCAAAUUCUUUUACACAUUACAACGAAAAGAGUGAAGCAUUUUUAGAAUAUUUCCAACAAACCAUUAAUUUUCUACAUAAUCAUGAAUGGAUAUAUAAUUUUCCAAAUACAAAUAUACUUCAGGAAAAUAUUUUAAACAAAUUUCCCUUGGGAUGGCGAUAUCAUCUAGAACAGUUAUCGUGCCAAGAAUUAAAUCAAAUUCCAUUUGGUUUUUAUAAAGAAAACUGGCCUGAAUCUUUGAAAAAUUUUGUUAAAGCCAUUGGCACUUUUAAACCUGUAUAUAAUAGAUAUGUUGAGACGAACAUUGAUUUAAAAUUACCGAAAAAUUUUACCCGUGGUUUAAAUCCUAAAAAGCAACAUGAAAUAGUUUUGUUAUCGAAAUUUAUCCAUGAAAAAUGCCUAAAAUUUGGAAUUACAACGAUUAUUGAUGUGGGUGCAGGACUUGGAUAUAUUAGCCAUCUUCUUCACGAAAAUUAUGGCUAUAAAGUAUUAGCAAUCGAAUCAGAAUCAGUACGAUUUGAAUCUGCACUAAAGCGGCAACAAAAAUUUCAUGAACAUUCCAAGAAAAAUGUUCGAUUUUUCAACCAUUAUGUCAAUGAAAACUCAGCGGAUACAAUCAAUAAUGCCAUAAAAGAUUGGCUUGGAUCCGACUUUAAUGAAAAAACAUGUUUGAUUGGCCUACACGCGUGCGCCGAUUUAACUGUAACUGCCUUAAAUAUUUUUUUACAAUUAGAUUAUAUUAAAUUGGUUGCUAUAAUGCCAUGUUGUUAUCAUAAAUUACAAUUAUCCAACGAAAAUCAAACAAACGAAGAAAAUUUAUUUGCUGAAAACUGUGAUACAUUAGUGCCUAAUAAUAAUAGACCGGAAUAUUUUAAUAAUUUUCCAUUAAGUGAAAUAUUAAGGAAUAUUUAUAAAGAAUACAAUGGUUCCAUGUUUUUAAGACGUCCAUUUUUAAGGAUCGCUUGCCAGAGUAGUGCAAGUGUUUGGAAAACUAUGACGGAUGAAGAACAUAAGGAACAUAGUAUUUCACAUAUGCGACGUGCGGUUUUACAACUGUUUGUUCAUAAUGAAAAUUAUAUUCUAGCAAAAUUAAAACGUAAAUGUAUGAAUCGUACAACAUCGAGUAACUGUGACUUCGAAACAUAUUUAAAACAAUUGGACGAAGGUUUUUAUUUAGUAAAAAAUCAAUCGAAUUCCAUGGAAGCUGGUGCUAUUAUCAAAGAUUAUUCUAGAAAUGGUAAUCUUAUUGACGAAUUAAAAUUUACAUCACCAUUAAUUAAAGAAAAAAUCACGGAAUUAUGGAAUCAAUAUGAAAAUGAUUUAAAUUUAAUAGAAAUAAUUACAUGCUUCCAGAAUUGUAUACAAGGAAUUUGUGAAAAUAUUAUAUUCAUGGAUCGUGUUGCAUAUUUAUGGGAACGUGGUGUUAAUAGCGUUGUGGAAAAAGUCACCGAUGAUUAUAUUUCACCAAGAUGUCAUGCGUUAAUAGCUUUUAAGGAAUAA